AUGAGCACCUCACAGCUGCCGCCCGCACCCGUGCUCGCGGCCGCCGCUGCGUCUGCCGCCGAGCAGCCGCGCGCCGCGCUCGACGCCCUCGCCGCCAAGCUGCGUGCGCCGCGCUCCGCUCCCUCGGCGCCCGACCCGCGCACGCAGCCCCUCGCCACACGCACCGUCACGCCGCCCGCCUCGCCGCCGCCGGCACCCGCGGCGCCGGCAGAGACGGUGCCGGCGCGCUUUGUGCCCGCCAGGAAGCGCAUCGUCUCGCCAAAGCAGCUGCAGCGCUGGGAGCACAGCGACGCCUGCCGCGAGCUGCUGGCGUGGAUCACCGCGUGCAACGAGGCAGUCGUGGGGCGCUCGCUGCGCGACGACGUCGAGACGAGCAAGGCCGUCGAGGCGCUGCUUCUCAUUCUCGACCGAGUCCGCGAGCUCGUGCUGGCCACGCCCGCCGACAGCUCGUCGUCGUCACGCUUCGGCAACCCGGCCUUCCGCACGCUGCACUCCAAGCUUGGCGAGGCCAGCGGCACGCUGCAUGCGCUCAUCCCCGACCUGCCGACGGCGGCCGUGGAGGAGAUUGGCGUGUACUUCUGCGAGAGCUGGGGCAACGCCACGCGCAUCGACUAUGGCAGCGGCAUGGAGCUCAACUUUGCGACGUGGCUCUUCUGCCUGACGAAGCUCGGCAUCCUUUCGCUCGAGCGCGACGCGCCAGCCGUCGUGCUGCGGGUCUUUUGGCGCUACGUCGAGGUGAUGCGCCUGAUCCAGAGCACGUACUGGCUCGAGCCGGCUGGCUCGCACGGUGUGUGGGGCCUCGACGACUAUCACUUUCUGCCGUUCCUUUGGGGCAGUGCGCAGCUGAAGGACCACAAGCACCUGCGCCCCAAGUGCAUCCACGACGCCGAGAUCGUCGAGGAGUUUGCGCCCGACUACAUGUACCUGGCCUGCAUCCGCUUCAUCAACAGCAUCAAGACGGCGUCGCUGCGCUGGCACUCGCCGAUGCUCGACGACAUCAGCGGCGUGCGCGCCUGGCGCAAGGUCAACGAGGGCAUGCUGAAGAUGUACCGCGCCGAGGUGCUGCUCAAGCUGCCCAUCGCGCAGCACAUCUUCUUUGGCUCGCUGCUCGCCUUCCCACCGCCGGCCGCUGGCGAGGCAGAAGACGAACAGGCCGGAGAGGAGGAUGCACACGGCCACGUGCAUCCGCAUGCCGCCAAGCACGGCACGGGAGAGGGCCAGGCGGCGGGCUGGGGCGACUGCUGCGGCAUCCCCAUCCCCUCGGUCUUUGCUGCCGCCGAGGAGGAGCGGCGGCGUGCUGCUGGCUCACGCGACGUGGCGGUGCCGGGUGCAAGCGUGCCGGGAGGUGCUGUGCGGCGUGUGCCGUUCGACUGAGCGAAUGCAUGACUGAAACGCUGUC